UCUCUCUUCCCUCCCCGCCCCCGUGUGGUUCCGUGAGGCGAGCGGGUGGGAGGACAGCCCCGUUCCGUUCAAAUUCGGACCUUUCCAUUCGACAGGCCGAUGGCGAGCUGGGUGUGUCCGCCUUCCUCUCGCCAAUAGGCUCGCCUGUCCCAAACCACUCCCUUGCCAUAAAUAUCUCCGGAGGGAGGGAAGUCCAACUACGUUUGUUCGGGUCCGAGGCUGGCUGUGAGUGAGAUGGAGUCCGGAGUGUUUGUAGGAGAAACCGGCCGCCAGGCAGCCCGGGGGUCCGGCUCCAGCAGGAUCCCGUGCAGAAACUUUGCCCGUGGAGCCUGCAGAUGGGGUCAGAACUGCCGAUUUUCCCAUGAUAGGAAGACGACUCAGAUCUGUAGGUAUUUCCAGAAUGGGUUCUGUGGCUAUGGAGACCGCUGCAGCUACCAGCAUAUCUUGGAUGCACCAACCUUGAGCCGAUGUAGUUCAGAGUCUGCCUUCCAUGGAUUACAGGGAGGUGUGAUUUCACUGAACCGCCGAGGCUCAGAGCCAUCCGUCUUGCCAGAGGCUUCUGUAAGGAGCUGGGGGGGAGCCCGGCGUGGUUCUGAACCAGCUGUCUCGAAUGUGGCACAGCUACAGCGGAACUUUGGAAAUAUGAGUAUGUUGCUUGAUGAGGAAGAUGAAGACAAGGAAAAACUUAUCACUACCUGUCAUCCACCUAACUGGGCUCUCAGCAAAGAAUUUGUCCCUAAGCAGACCCCUUCUGGCUCUCAUUCCAAUGAACAUAAAGCGGAUACCACAUCCCUACAGACAGAAGAUGCAUCUGCUAAGGAGCCACCUCCUGCUUCUGUGGUCAUACAGGAGUCAAAGGCAGCUGGUGACUUGGGAGCUGUUGCUGCAGCAAUAGAGAAGAGUGGGGAUGUGGUAUGUGGUAUCUGCAUGGACAAAGUUUAUGAGAAGACCUUACCUGAGGAGCGUUUAUUUGGUAUUCUUCCUAACUGCAGCCAUGCCUAUUGUGUGGGCUGCAUCCGGAAGUGGCGGAAAAGCCGGGACUUUCAAAAUGCAGUGAUAAAGGGCUGUCCAGAAUGCAGAGUCACUUCAAGUUACUUUAUUCCUAAUAAGUACUGGGUCUCUGAUACAGAUGAGAAGGAAAAACUGAUUGAGACAUUCAAGGCACGGACUGGCAAAAUAAGAUGCAAAUUCUUUGUCAGAGGCAAUGGUCACUGCCCCUUUAAAUCAGAGUGCAUUUAUCUUCAUGAGCUUCCUGGAGGCCAAGUCCCUGUGCCACGGCCACGACAGAGACCUGACCGGCGGAGGCGGCAACCUGUUAUCUACAACCCAUCUCCAUCUGAAAGCUCUGAUGAGGAUGAUAACGACAUAUACCUUGUCCAGUGGGCUCUUACCAUUGCGCUGUUAGAGAGAGACUCAGAUUUUUCAGACUUUCUGUUUUGGGAUUCCAGUGAUUCUGACUAGGUGAUGACAACCAAAUCAUUGGAGGCUGCAUAGCUGAUUCUGGGAACAAUCUCCAUGACCUAAGAAACGGUGCUUGGGGAGGAAGUAUAUAGAGAUUGAAGAUGUUUUGACUUUUAAUAGGCUUAACUUAUGGUGGGUCUUGUAAUAUUUGGCUGGGAACCAGAAGUUGAGAGCAUAUAGUGCAUAGACCCAUUUCAUGCAGGGGGAGGCAUCCUGAUUCACAGGGAAAAAUAUUACCACUGUUGGCACAUGAUUUUCUACACAUCACUGCCAUUUUUCUAUCCCUUACUUGUCAUGAUCUUCACAUCUCUGUCUACACAAUUUCACAUCCUGGAUUUCCCAUCAUGGGAUUCAUCAAGAGCCUCCCAGUUGUGUCUUCUAGAAAAGUUGCCAGGUUACUGUACUCAGUCUUGAAGUACUCUUCAGAGGCCAAGUGUUCAGCUUUGUUCAUGCUGCUGCUAUUUGUUUCCUCAGGAAGGCAUAUUUGUUGAGCAGUGCUAUUGUCUACAGCAGGCAGCACAUCUGGCUGUUGUAUUAGCAGUGCUGUCAGGUGUCUAUAGUAGGCUUAAGCCAGGGUGUAGUAUGGGGUGGUUUAAAUGUAAUAUCUGAUCUUUUUAUUGAUGCAGUGAUUAGUAUUAGAGACUUCCAAUUCUCAUUAAUCCCUGAUCCUUAGGACCUGGGAUAUGCAAACCCUUAUAUGUAUUUUUUAACUCUAGAAGUAUCUGGAGAACAUGAAAUAAAAUGAGCUUUAAAAAUGUA